AUGGCCUUCAGCGACCUGCUGGACGCCCUGGGCGGCGUGGGCCGCUUCCAGCUGGCCUACACGGGGCUGCUGCUGCUGCCCUGCAGCCUGCUGGCCUGCCACAACUUCCUGCAGAACUUCACGGCUGCCGUGCCCCCCCACCACUGCCGCGGCCCCGCCGGCGCCCCCGCCAACGGCUCCGAGGCCCCCCGGGGCCCGCCGGGCGCCCCCGAGCCCUGCCGGCGCCUCUCGGAGCCCCCGCGGGCCCCCCUGAGCCCCAACGCCUCGGCGCCCGGGGCGGCCACGGAGGGCUGCCUGGACGGCUGGGUGUACGACCGCAGCGUCUUCCCGGCCACCAUCGUGACGGAGUGGGACCUGGUGUGUGAGGCCCGCAGCCUCCGGGACCUGGCCCAGUCCGUCUACAUGGCCGGGGUGCUGGUGGGCGCCGUCGUGUUCGGCAGCCUCGCGGACAGGCUGGGCCGCAAGGGCCCCCUGGUCUGGUCGUACCUGCAGCUGGCGGUGUCGGGGGCCGCGGCGGCCUACUUCAGCUCCUUCAGCGCCUACUGCGUCUUCCGCUUCCUGAUGGGCAUGACCUUCUCCGGCAUCAUCCUCAACUCCCUCUCCCUGGUGGUGGAGUGGAUGCCCACUCGGGGCCGCACCGUGGCGGGCGUGCUGCUGGGCUUCUCCUUCACGCUGGGGCAGCUCAUCCUGGCCGGCGUGGCGUACCUGGUCCGGCCCUGGCGCUGGCUGCAGUUCGCCGUCUCGGUGCCUUUCCUCAUCUUCUCCCUCUACUCCUGGUGGCUGCCAGAGUCCUCCCGGUGGCUCCUUCUCCACGGCAAGUCCCAGCGGGCUGUGCAGAACCUGCGGAAGGUGGCCGCCAUGAACGGGAGGAAGGAGGAAGGGGAGAGGCUGACCCAGGAGGUGGUGAGCUCCUACAUCCAGAGUGAGUUUACAAGCGUCCGCACUUCCACCUCCGUCUUGGACCUCUUCCGAACCCCGGCCAUCCGCAAGGUCACGUGCUGUCUCAUGGUGGUCUGGUUCUCCAACUCCAUGGCUUACUACGGGCUGGCCAUGGACCUGCAGAAGUUCGGUCUCAGCGUCUACCUGGUGCAGGUCCUGUUCGGGGUCAUCGACAUCCCGGCCAUGCUGGUGGCCACCACCACCAUGAUCUACGUGGGCCGCCGCGCCACCGUGGCCUCCUUCCUCGUCCUGGCGGGGCUCAUGGUCAUCGCCAACAUGUUUGUGCCCGAAGGUAUGCAGACGCUGCGCACGGCCCAGGCGGCGCUGGGCAAAGGCUGCCUGGCCAGCUCCUUCAUCUGCGUGUACCUGUUCACGGGCGAGCUGUACCCCACGGAGAUCAGGCAGAUGGGGAUGGGCUUCGUCUCCGUCAACGCCCGCCUCGGGGGCCUGGCUGCGCCCCUGGUCACCGCGGCCGGGGAGUUCAGUGCCAUCCUGCCGCCUGUGGCCUUCGGGGCCACCUCGAUCCUGGCCGGGCUGGCCGUCUGCUUCCUGGCUGAGACCCGAAACACACCGCUGGUGGAGACCAUCGAGGUGAUGGAGAGGAGAGCCCAAGGCCUUUCCCAGAAGGACGCGGAGGCGAAGAGUGAAGACAUUGCCCUUCAGCAGCCGGGAGCUUCUCCCCUCCUGGAAACCAUCUGA